UUGCGAGCUAGGAGAUUGUAUCGGGCGCUAAUGAGGCUCGGGCAGUUUUGCAUAUCGCGUUCAAGCCAAUCAGCGGGAUCUCUGGCGCUCUUAGCAGCUGCGAGUGAUUCGGUGCACCUCACGAGAGAAGGGCAGUCGUAAUUUAGGGGAGUAGCCAAUGGUAACACCAUUCUACAGAUGUUUGUAUCACAACUCGUGUGCUGUCAUACAAGCAAGGCUGAACGGGGAGCUGGAGGACGGCGUGAUUGCAAUGCGUUAACCUGAUAACAUCAAUCAGUUUUCAGAUCUGUUCUUUUUUUGGCACCAGAGGGGGAUUACGUCGCCGUGGUCAUCGUUUUGUGGGAACUUUGCUCAUUAUUAUUUUUUGUUUUGUUUUCUCUAAACUUGUGUUGGCUCCGAUUUACGAGGAAAUGGCAAAGCCAGCGACUGCGAGGGGAACAAGACUGGGAAAGGACGUAGGAAAUCGCUGCUAAAUGACACAGGAUGCGUGAGACUUGAAACACAUUACACGAAAUUUUUCGCGGUUGAAACAUUUCGAGGGUUAUUUGCUUUGUAUCACCUGAGCGGACGAGUUCUCCGAGGAGAGUGUUUUUUCUGGUUUCUGGUUUUAUUUCCCCCCCUACAACUCAAGGAUGCAUUGCGGAUUAGCGCUGUUUAUUUUAACCGAAAUCGUCAUUGCCCAAGCUCUCAGUGAAAAAUGUGGAGGUAACAUCCUAAUUUCAAAUCCUAAUUAUCUCACGUCACCUGGAUAUCCAACGGUAUAUUACCCGUCUCAGAAGUGCGUCUGGGUCAUACAGGCUCCGGAAACUAACCAGAGAAUUUUAAUCAACUUCAACCCUCAUUUUGAUCUUGAGAACAGAGACUGCAAGUACGACUACGUGGAGGUGCGGGAUGGGGGGGAUGAGACGGACACGCUGGUGGGGAAGUUCUGCGGGAAGAUCGCUCCUUCCCCCAUCAUCUCCUCCACUAACCAGCUCUACAUCAAGUUUGUGUCCGACUACGAGACACACGGAGCUGGCUUCUCCAUCCGCUACGAGGUCUUCAAAAAGGGGCUGGAGUGCUCCAGGAACUUCACCUCCACCAGCGGGGUCAUCAGGUCCCCCGGUUACCCAGAGAAGUACCCCCACAACCUGGACUGCGUCUUCAUGGUCUUCGCCCCCGACAUGUCCGAGAUCGUGCUGGAGUUCCAGAACUUCAACCUGGAGCCCGACACCACCCCACCCAACGGGGCCAUCUGCCGCUACGACUGGCUGGAGGUCUGGGACGGCUUCCCCGGAGUUGGUCCGCACAUCGGUCGCUACUGUGGGCAGACAUCACCCGGUCGGGUGGUGGCCCACACUGGAAUCCUGUCCAUAACGAUCAACACCGACAGCGCCAUUGCCAAGGAGGGCUUCUCUGCCAACUUCACUGUCAUCGAGAGACCGACGCCGGCAGAUUUUCAGUGCCGGGAGGCCAUGGGCAUGGAGUCGGGGGCGAUCCCCUCAGAACACAUCACCUCCUCCUCCCAGUACAACAGCAACUGGUCCCCCGAGCGCGCCAGACUCAACUACCCGGAGAAUGGCUGGACCCCCUCAGAGGACUCCAGCAAGGAGUGGAUACAGGUGGACCUUGGUUUCCUUCGCAAUGUUGUGGCGAUUGGAACUCAGGGAGCGGUCUCCAUGGAAACUAAGAGGGCUUACUAUGUGACGUCAUAUAAAGUGGACGUGAGCUCCAAUGGGGAGGACUGGAUCCCACUGAAGGAUGGCUCCAAGCAGAAGAUUUUCCAGGGGAACACCAACCCCACGGAUGUGGUGAUCCGGGACCUGCCGAAGCACACUCUGACCCGCUUCCUCCGGAUCCGGCCCGUUUCCUGGGAAACCGGUGUCUCCAUGCGCUUCGAGGUGUACGGCUGCAAGAUCUCAGACUUCCAGUGUUCGGGGAUGCUGGGAAUGGUGUCGGGGCUGAUCCUGGACUCCCAGAUCACGGUGUCCUCGCAGUCGGAGCGCGGCUGGCUGGCGGAGAACGCACGGCUCCUGACCAGCCGGACUGGGUGGACCCAGCUGCAGCCACGCCUAGUGCCGGUGAGGAACGAGUGGCUGCAGGUGGACCUGGGUGAGGAGAAGCUGGUGAGCGGACUGAUCCUGCAGGGCGGGAAGCACCGCGAAAACCGCCUCUUCAUCAGAAAGUUCCGCCUGGGCUACAGCAACAACGGCCUCAACUGGACCAACGUCCCUGACUCCAGCGGCUCCAAGCCCAGGCUUUUCGAGGGGAACCAGAACUAUGACACGCCAGAGAUGAGAACCUUCGCACCCCUGCUGACGCGCUUCCUGAGGGUGUACCCCGAAAGGACGACCCCCGCCGGACUGGGGCUGCGCCUGGAGCUGCUCGGCUGCGAGCUGCAGGAUACUCUGACCACCCCCCCCCCGGAGACUAUGCCCCCUGACGCCAUCACCCCCCUCCCAUGGGAGUGUGACCCAGACCAGGCUGACUGUACCAAGGACCAAGACACCAUGACAGCAGGUGUCACCACCAUGGCCGAUCCCACAACACUGGAGGUGGAAAUCGUCCCAGACUACCUCUGGUUUGCCUGUGACUUUGGCUGGGCCAACAAGCCAUCUCUGUGUGGCUGGACCUCAGAGAGAAACGUCAGUGCCCUCUGGCACGUCCAGUCCAGCGGGACACCCACCGUCAACACCCGACCUAGCAUGGACCACUCAGGCGGAUCAGGGAACUACAUGUACAUGCCAGCCCUGCAGGACGGAGGGGAGAGAGAGGUAGCUCGGCUGGUCAGCCCUGCGGUCAGCGGGCCAGGCUCGGACCUCUGCGUGUCCUUCUGGUACCACAUGUUCGGUUCGCACGUGGGGGCGCUGCGGGUCAAGCAGAGGAAGGACCUGGAGGACGGCCGGGUCGACACCCUGCUGUGGACCGUCAGUGGACACCAGGGCAGCCGCUGGAGAGAGGCCCGCGUGCUGGUGCCUUACUCCACCACACCGUACCAGGUGGUGAUCGAGGGGGUGAUGGAGUCGAAGAGCAUGGGCGAUAUCGCUGUGGAUGACAUCAAGAUCCUGGAUGGCCUCGACAUGACUGACUGCAAGGAUCCAGAUGCCCCCACUGAGGAAACUCAGCCUGAACCAGAGGACAGCACAAUCUUGGUGGACUACACAGGCAGUGUGGAGAGCAGCAUGGAGAACAGCGAGAUGAGCAGCGUGGAGAACAGCGAGAUGAGCAGCACGGGGAACAUGCUGAAGACGCUGGACCCCAUCCUCAUCACCAUCAUCGCCAUGAGCGCCCUGGGGGUGUUUCUGGGGGCCAUCUGCGGGGUCGUCCUGUAUUGCGCCUGCUCGCAAAACACCAUGGCGGACAGGAACCUGUCCGCGCUGGAGAACUAUAACUUUGAGCUGGUGGACGGGGUCAAACUGAAGAAAGGCAAGCUGAACUCCUACUCUGAGGCGUGAAAGGAGAAGGAAGGAGGGAGGGAGGGAGGGAGGAGAGGGAGGGGUGAACAGCACCGUCAGGAGAUGAUCACAAAAUGACAGGAGGUAGUGACUGAGCCAUGAUUUUCUCAGGAGCUGCAGUAACAGAAACCUGCCAAUAGGGGACACUGUGUAUAAAAUUUAAAAAAAACAUGUACAGUAAGAUGAUUAUUUUACUUUUUUUUUCUUUCUUAUUUCUGUUUUUGUUAUUUUUUUGUUUUUUGUUUUUUUCAUGUCAAUAAUCAGAUGCUGGUGUUGAGACCAAUCAAGAAAAUGUUUAUUUAUCUUUUUUUUUUGUCUGGAAGGAAAAUCUUUUAUUUUUAAAAAUAUUUUAAAUUUUAUUUUGUUGAAAAAGGAAUUGUAAACCCACCUGUUCCCCAAAUGAACCAUACUGCCAGACAUGCAGCAUGGCUCCCCCUGCUGGACAUGCAGUGUGUGUUCGUCCUGCACAGUGUUUGUAAUCAGAGCGUAUGAACAUGGCCAGAAGGGGGCGCUGUGUCUGCGUGUGAACAGCGUAUGGUUCUGAUAGUGCCUUUACUGCAUUUUUGUUGGCUUUUCCAUUCAUUUCCCCUGUUUUGUUUUUACUUCCCUUUAGUCCUGAACCCACAGGAGAGAUCUGGUAUUGGUCAACUAAAAAUAGGACUCUUGCGUCUCAUCCCUUCGAGUCAGGGAUCACAUGAUGUACAUAAGUUUUAAUAUAUUUGAAAUCCCUUUUUUUAUUUUAAAGGCACCUGCAGUGUCCUGUUUUGACGGCACGGUUGUUGCGUGUUCAGAAUGAUUUCGCCUAUCCCCCCCUCCCCCAGGCUCUUUGGCAGGAAACAGUCUAUGAGGCUGUCACUGCUACCAAUCAGAGCAAGGGAUUCGAGGGCGUGUCUCCAAGUUGACCAAUUAAUGGGCGCCCAUGUGACUGCCAUUCAGGAAUACCCUGACUGGUGACUGCAGAUACCAUGAGAAUGGUGUGACUCCCUUUUCUAUGUCUUACAUUCCAUGGUUUAGGUUGCAUUACUGUGUGUGUGUGUGUGUGUGUGUGUGUGUGUGUAUGCGUAUGAGCGUGUGCAUGUGUGUGUGUGUGUAUGCGUAUGAGCGUGUGCACAUGUUUGUGCUUGUGUA